GCAAACUUGGAAACUGUGUUCUUCAGCAUACCUUUAGAAGUAGAGGGUACUUGGUGAUCCUCUGGAUAGGUUUGAUGAGCAGAGAUGACAGGGGCAUCUGUAGACCAAACAUUGACUGCAUCCGCUGAAAUGGAGACAUAGGACAGAGAACUUGUACCUGGACCCAGCCAGGCAUGGCUGGAAUGACUGGCAUCCAGAGGAAGUCGGCAGGGUGGGGACUUUAUACCUGCCCCUCCCAUCUCUCAUUACGUCACAUUACAUCUUCCCCCUCCCCAUCUCUCAUUUUACAUUACAUCACACUCUCAUUAAUACAUUAUAGCUUGCUAGAAUGUAGAACGUAUGUACAUCAUCAUACUGCGGUGAUUGUAUUU